AAAUGAAAUAAAUCCGCCCUUCGUGCGUACCGCCAGUCUCGGUCCUCGUCGGCAGCCGACAUUCACGGCUGCUCGCCCGUAUGGCGACGCUACCUGCCGCAGACAGGAGGGCGUUCGCCCUGAAAAUCAACAGGCACUCGUCUGCAGAAAUAAGAAGGCAAUUUACUGUUCAACCAGGAUUUGCACAGUCCUGUCAACGAAGUUUAAGUACCCCAGGCUUUUCUACAUUUCAUCUGCCUUCCUUUUAUGAUGCAGUAGACCCAGUAGAUUUUGAAGGCUUCCUGAUGACGCAGCUGAACAACUUGGACUUAGAUCUAGCGCAAGAACUUGGGGACUUUCCUGAAGAUGAUUUGGAUGUUGUCUUUACACCCAAAGAGUGCCGGACUUUGCAACCCUCUGUGCCAGAAGAUGGGGUUGAACUGGACUCACACGUCAAAGACUGUGUUCAGACUUACAUCCGUGAGUGGCUGAUUGUGAAUCGAAAAAACCAAGGGAAUUCAGAUACUUGUAGCCUGAAAAACAAGGGAUCCCGAAAAGAUUUUCACAAAACGCUUCAGAAACAAACAUUUGAAUCAGAAACACUGGAUUCUGGCGAUGCAACUUUUCAGCCGGUGGGACCCCAGCAUAUUCCUGCUGUCCCGGAGGAGGCCUCGAGGACGAGCGCGGCCUGCUCGGACCUGGAGCUGCGCAGCCUGCAGCCGGACCCGCGGCUGGAGCACCUGCUGCGGCACGCCAGCGCCGAGGAGUUCGAGCGGCUGAACGAGGAGGCACGCCGCACCAACAGGCACCCCGAGCUCCUCGCCCUCUACCCAGCCGUGGAUGAGGAAGAUGUAGUGGAGAUACGACCAGUGCCAGAUCGCCCAAAGGAACAUCUGGGCAACAGGAUUUUGGUGAAGCUGCACACUCUGAAGUUUGAUAUAGAGAUAGAACCUUUGUUUGCAUGCAUAGCUCUCUAUGACAUAAAGGAAAGAAAAAAGAUCUCGGAAAAUUUUCACUGUGACCUCAAUUCUGAUUCAUUAAGAGGAUUCUUGCGUUCUCAUACACCCUGCAUUGACUUGUCUACUCAGGCAAGAUCAGCAGUAUUUUCUGUCACUUAUCCCUCACCAGAUAUAUACCUGGUAAUAAAGAUAGAAAAAGUGCUUCAGCAAGGAGAAAUUGGAGACUGUGCAGAACCCUACAUGGUUCUUAAAGAAAGUGAUGCUGGCAAGACAAAAGAAAAGAUUGAAAAACUGAAAGCACAAGCGGAAUCCUUUUGUCAGAGGUUGGGGAAAUACAGAAUGCCGUUUGCCUGGAUUCCCAUAAACCUAGCUAAUUUCUUCAACCUUUCAACACUUGAACGAGAAAUACAAGAAGCUGAAGGUUUAAAUGGGAAAGGUUCCAGUAGUGACAAGAAGGCAACACUGCUGCAGGCAAGAAGGCUUUCUGAGAGAGGUUUCAGCUCAGAGGAUAACUAUCCAGCAUCAAACUUCAAAGUAAUGUCCUUUAACACCUUCUUUAAACAGGAAGGAGACAGACUCAGUGAUGAAGAUCUGUUUAAAUUUUUAGCUGAUUUCAAAAGAUCAUCUUCCUUACAAAGAAGAAUUAAGACUUUACCAGGAACACUUAAAGUGGAGAUUUCCCCAGCUCCAGAAAACAUUGGUUAUUGUCUGACACCAGAACUACUCCCACUGAAGCCAUUUUCAGAAAAUCGUAGUCGCCCUCACAAAGAGAUUUUGGAAUUCCCAAUUAGAGAAGUGUAUGUUCCCCACACCAUUUAUAGAAAUCUCCUCUAUGUUUACCCUCAGAGGCUGAAUUUUGCUAACCGACUGGCUUCUGCAAGGAACAUUACCAUCAAGAUCCAAUUUAUGUGUGGUGAAGACCCAUCCUGUGCAAUGCCGGUAAUUUUUGGGAAAUCUUCAGGUCCAGAAUUUGUCCAAGAAAUAUACACAGCUAUCACAUAUCAUAAUAAAUCCCCUGACUUUUACGAAGAAGUGAAAAUUAAGCUGCCAGCAAAACUCACAGAGAAACACCAUCUACUGUUCACAUUUUAUCACAUCAGCUGCCAACCCAAGCAAGGAGCAUCUGUUGAAACCCUCCUAGGGUAUUCAUGGCUGCCAAUUCAAUUAAAUGAUCGUCUUCAAACUGGACAUCAUAGUCUUCCUGUUGCAUUGGAUAAACUGCCUUUACACUAUUCAAUUCACUCGCCUGAGAAAAUUCCAUCUCAGACACCCCCUAUUAAGUGGGUUGAAGGACACAAGGGCGUUUUCAUUGUUGAAGUUCAAGCUGUGUCAUCUGUUCACACCCAGGACAACCAUCUGGAGAAGUUCUUCACCUUGUGCCAUUCUCUGGAAAGCCAAGUGACAUUCCCCUUUCGAGUGAUGGAUCAGAAGAUUACAGAGGCUUCCUUGGAGCAUGAAUUGAAACUCAGCAUUAUCUGUUUGAAUUCUUCACGCCUUGAACCUCUUGUCUUAUUUUUGCAUUUGGUACUAGAUAAACUUUUCCAGCUGGCUGUACAGCCUAUGGUCAUAGCUGGCCAGACAGCCAACUUCUCACAGUUUGCCUUUGAGUCUGUGGUUGCAAUAGUGAAUAGUCUCCACAAUAGCAAAGAGCUGAGCAAGGAUCAGCAUGGAAGGAACUGUCUCCUGGCAUCUUAUGUGUACUAUGUAUUUCGUCUGCCAGACCCACAAAGAGAAGUGGUCAAACCAGGUGGAGGCAGCAGUGCCGUUUCGACAGAAUCGCGUUAUUACACCUUUGGACGCACUUCCGCAGUGUCUGUAGGAAGCAAACUCCUGCAGAGCCGAGUGAUAAGCUGCAGCAAUCCUGACAUCACUGUUACACAAUCUGCUAAUGAUGAGGAGGUCAAAAACAUCAUGUCAUCCAAGCCUGUGGAUCACAGUUCCAGUCGGAUGUCUUACUACGUUGAAGGAACAAAUGACAUGUCAGGCCUUUGUGCAAGCACAAGACCAUCCAAUAAAAAGCAUUUCCAUGAGGAACUGGCGUUGCAGAUGGUGGUCAGCACGGGCAUGGUGAGAGAAUCAGUUUUCAAGUAUGCCUGGUUCUUCUUUGAGCUCCUGAUAAAGAGUAUGGCUCAGUAUGUUCACAACACAGAGAAGCAAGAUAACUCACGAAGAAGCCGGUUCUCUGAUCGUUUCAAAGAUGAUAUUACCACUAUAGUUAGUGUGAUUACUUCAGAGAUUGCUGCACUUGUAGUCAAAUCACCCAAGGAAAGUGAACAAGCAGAAAAAAUUAAUAUCAGCCUGGCAUUUUUCUUGUAUGAUCUUCUUUCUUUAAUGGAUCGAGGAUUUGUGUUUAAUCUCAUCAAACAUUACUGUAAUCAGCUUUCAAACAAGCUGAAUUCACUCUCCACCCUGAUUUCCAUGAGACUUGAGUUCCUGAGAAUUCUCUGCAGCCAUGAGCAUUACCUCAAUCUGAACCUCUUCUUCAUGACAUCUGCAUCUGCUCCAGCGUCUCCCUCUCCCUCCUUGUCCUCCCAGAACUCCAGCUCCUGCUCUAGUUUCCAGGACCAGAAAAUCACUGGUAUGUUUGACCUCUCACCUGAAUACCGUCAGCAGCACUUCCUGACUGGCUUACUUUUCACUGAAUUGGCAGCAGCGCUGGAUGCUGACAGCGAGGGAAUUAGCAAGGUGCAAAGAAAAGCUGUCAGUGCUAUCCUUAGCCUGCUGAGUUCCCAUGACCUAGACCCACGUUGCUCCAAAAAGGAGGUGAAGAUUAAAAUUGCAGCUCUCUACCUCCCUUUGGUUGGUAUCAUUUUGGAUUCUCUACCGCAGCUCCAUGAUUUUACAAUUUCAGAUAUCCGCAGUGGAAAGGGACGCACAGGAAACCCAGAAGAAGAACAAGAGUCUUCAGGUGCAAUCAACCAAAACGUGGCCCUUGCCAUUGCAGGGAGUCAAUUCAACAUCAGGAACUCCGGAAUACCUCUGGUGUCACUGCCCUACAGACAGAUUGCCACAUUAGGUCCUGAUACUACUCGCAACCUUUUGAUCUGUUUCCUCUGGAUUAUGAAAAAUGCUGAUCAGAACCUAAUACAGAAAUGGAUUGCAGACCUUCCAUCCAUGCAGCUUAACAAGAUUUUAGACCUCCUCUUCAUUUGUGUUUCAUGCUUUGAGUAUAAGGGCAAGCAAAGCUCAGAUAAAGUUAGCACCCAGGCACUCCAGAAGUCACGCGAUGUGAAAGCUCGAUUAGAAGAGGCUUUACUGAGAGGAGAAGGAGCCAGAGGAGAAAUGAUGAAGCGCUGCAGAAUACCAGCUGGGAAUGACAGAUCAGCAGGGGUAAAUGAAAAUUUGCGCUGGAGAAAGGAGCAGACACAGUGGCGGCAGGCAAAUGAGAGACAAGAUAAGACGAAAGCUGAGCUAGACCAAGAAGCUCUGAUCAGCGGAAACCUGGCAACUGAAGCUAACCUCAUCAUUCUUGAUAUGCAAGAGAACAUCAUUCAGGCCAGCUUUGCAGCAGAAUGCAGAGAUAAUCUCUUGGGAGGAGUUUUGAAGGUCCUAGUAAAUUCUCUUGGCUAUGAUCAGAGCACAACUUACCUGAUUCAUUGCUUUGCCACACUCAGAGCACUCAUUGCCAAGUUUGGAGAUUUGCUUUUUGAAGAAGAGGUUGAACAGUGUGCUGAUCUGUGUCAAAGAGUUCUCCAUCAUUGCAGCAGCAGCAUAGAUAUUACACGGACUCAAGCCUGUGCCACUCUUUACCUCCUUAUGAGAUACAGCUUCAGCUCUACCAGUAAUUUUUCAAGAGUGAAGAUGCAGGUGACCAUGUCGCUAGCUUCUCUGGUUGGAAAAUCACCCGAGUUUAAUGAGGAAUUCCUUCGACGAUCCUUGCGAACCAUCCUGGCCUAUGCAGAGGAAGACAUAGAUAUGCAGGCAACGCCAUUUCCCAUUCAGGUAGAGGAGCUACUGUGUAAUCUGAACGGCAUCCUGUCAGAUACGGUGAAAAUGAGGGAAUUUCAGGAAGAUCCAGAGAUGCUGAUGGACCUCAUGUACAGAAUUGCAAAAGGAUACCAGACAUCUCCAGACUUGAGGCUGACUUGGCUGCAGAACAUGGCAGAGAAGCACACCAAGAGGAAGUGCUACACAGAAGCAGCCAUGUGCCUGGUCCAUGCUGCAGCACUGGUGUCAGAGUACUUGAGCAUGCUCGAGGAUCGGAACUAUCUCCCUGUGGGCAGUGUCAGUUUUCAGAAUAUUUCGUCCAAUGUGCUGGAGGAAUCUGCUGUUUCAGAUGAUGUUUUGUCUCCAGAUGAAGAUGGCAUAUGUUCUGGGAGGUAUUUCUCAGAAAAUGGACUGGUAGGGCUGCUGGAACAAGCUGCAGAGCUCUUCAGCACGGGAGGUUUGUAUGAAACUGUGAAUGAAGUGUACAAAAUUGUCAUCCCCAUACUGGAAGCACAUCGAGACUUCAGGAAGCUUACCUUGACACACAGCAAGUUACAGAAGGCCUUUGACAGCAUUAUCAGUAAGGGACAGAAACGAAUGUUUGGAACUUACUUCCGUGUUGGUUUCUAUGGAUCAAAAUUUGGGGACUUGGAUGAACAGGAAUUUGUUUAUAAGGAGCCUGCAAUUACAAAACUCCCUGAGAUUUCUCACAGAUUAGAGGGAUUUUAUGGCCAGUGUUUUGGGGAGGAUGCUGUGGAAGUGAUUAAGGACUCUGCUCCAGUAGACAAAAGAAAGCUGGAUCCCAAUAAGGCAUACAUACAAAUUACUUUUGUGGAGCCCUAUUUUGAUGAGUAUGAGAUGAAGGACAGAGUUACCUACUUUGAGAAGAACUUCAACAUCUGCCGGUUCAUGUACACUACGCCUUUCACUAUGGAUGGGCGUCCCAGAGGAGAACUCAGUGAGCAGUACAAGAGGAACACCAUCCUAACCACAGUGCAUUCUUUCCCCUACAUCAAAACUAGAAUCAAUGUCAUCCACAGAGAAGAGUUUAUUUUAACACCAAUUGAAGUUGCUAUUGAAGAUAUGCGUAAAAAAACACAGGAACUAACUGCAGCCACCAACCAAGAACCACCAGAUGCCAAAAUGCUCCAGAUGGUUUUGCAGGGCUCAGUUGGAGCCACUGUAAAUCAGGGACCACUAGAGGUAGCGCAAGUGUUCCUGGCUGAAAUUCCAGCAGACCCCAAACUUUAUCGACAUCACAACAAGCUGAGGUUGUGCUUCAAAGAGUUUAUAAUGAGGUGUGGUGAAGCAGUGGAGAAAAACAAGCACCUUAUUACUGCUGAUCAACGGGAAUAUCAUCAGGAGCUCAAAAGAAACUACAUAAAACUGAAGGAGAACCUUAGACCCAUGAUUGAGAGGAAGAUCCCAGAGCUCUACAAACCUGUAGUGAAAGUCCAUAGCAUAAGGGAAUCUUUUCGUAACCACAGUUUUAGGAAAUACGAUGCCCAGACAUCUUCCCAAAGUACCUAAGAACUAGCUGCUUGGCCAAGGAAGAGCUUCAUGCUGCAAGACAGAAGUGAUGGCGUAUUUGUUCCACAUCUAUGAAAUCAGAAAUCUCUCACAAGACAGCAUGUGCACUUUCUGGACAGCAUGCAGAAAAGCAUUUACACAAGAUCAUUGAAUGAAAAAUAGGGGAUAAAUCCUAACCAAGCACGUACCACAAGGGCUUGGAAAGGAAGGGGAUGCUUUUAGAUACUUUUGUACAUAUUGUACAAUAAUGGCCUAAUGCAGAGAGGUGAACCUUGGAGUAGUCAGUGGCAUGAAGCCAGUCAUGACUAGGUAAC